AUGCGUACAUUAGGACCUGAUGGGAGGCCACAUUCCCGCCGCCGCCGCGACGAAGCUGGUCCCUCUAACCCACCUCAAGAGCCAGCACAACCACCUCCGGAGCCACCGCAGCCAGUUGGAUAUCCUGGUGGACCAUCAGAUCUAUUUUUACUUGUUCGUUACCAAGACCAUGUCGCUCGCCGUUUGUGGUACGGACAGGAAAGAGGUCCUAAAAAUGAGCUUAAAGUCGCAGGACAUGGGACGAAGCUCCAGGAAAGAGUGCCUAUGAACCUCCCACCAGAGAUGGAGGCUAUUGUGAGUGAGUCAGGUCUGGCUUCUCUUCAGAGAACUAGCCUGACCAAGAUAGAUGUUAACCUCGUCUCAACAUUUGUGGAGAGGUGGCAUGUUGAGACAUCGUCAUUUCACAUGCCAUUUGGUGAGAUGACGAUUACAUUGGAUGAUGUUGCAUGCCUGCUGCAUUUGCCUAUUGGGGGUAUGUUUUGGUAUCCUAAUGAGCACGUCACAGAGGAGGUGGCGGUUGAUCUUGGCUGCGAGUUAUUGGGAGUGGGUAGACGUGUCAUGGCUGAGCAUGUGCGUUCAUGCAGGGGAGCUUAUUACUCACUGCAGUGGUUGUACGACAGAUUUGUGGAGUACCGUGUUGCUGGUAGUUGGGCCUUCGCGACCAGGGCAUAUUUGAUGAUGUUGGUAGGUUCUACCAUUUUUGCAGAUAAGACAUUUACUUUGGUUGAGGCCCGAUAUUUGCCACUAUUUAGAGACCUACGUGGACUCAGUCACUACAGUUGGGCAUCUGUUGCCCUGGUCACUCUUUAUCGCCACCUUGGUGAUGCAUCUAUGUUUAGUUGCAAGCAACUCGGUGGAUAUCCUACUCUGAUUAAGUGUUGGAUACAUGAGUACUUUCCUACAUUGGGAAGGAAAGAAGAAAAUUGGCGGCCAUCUGAGAACCUUGGGCUUCCGCGGGCGAUGAGAUGA